CAGAGGCACAAAGGUCCCAAAAAGGACAAAAAACCAAGAGAGUCUGAGAGAGUUUCUUGUGGAAAUGAAGGUAGUGCAUCGGCUUCUCCUGGUGGCCGUGGCCUGGUGGUUGCAGCAAGGCAGCGCCCCUACCGUGGCCGGAGACUGUCCACACGCCUGCGGGGGCGUGUCCGUGCCUUAUCCGUUCGGCCUCAAGCCCCAGUGUGCGAGGUCCAUGGAGUUUUUGCUCAAUUGCACCACUACCACCACCGAAGGGAGCCAUGCUCGACUCCUGUUGGAGAACAUUCCAGUACGCAAGAUCUCAGUCGGGGACUCGACCAUGGUCGUCAGCCUCCCCAUAUUAUACGACUGCUACGAAGGCAGGGGCCAGCCCGCAAACAAAAGCGAUUCUAAGGCCAUCGAUGUAUCUUCAUAUCCACAGUACACAUUGUCGGACACCAGGAACAACCUCACAGUCCUCGGCUGCGACACCUACGCCCUCGUGUCCGACAAAGAUCGGAUGUUCCAGAGCGGCUGCAUCUCCUACUGCAGCCACCCCGUCAACUUCUCCAAGGAGACCGCUUGCUCCGGCCUUGGUUGCUGCCAAGCAUCCAUUCCCAAGGGGCUCAAGACGCUCAGCAUCGGAAUCUCCUCCAUCGACGGGCACGUGUCGGUCUCACAAUUCAACCCCUGCGGACUGGCCUUCGUCGGGGACACGAAGGCGUUCGAUCUCUCCAACAGGACACUCCCGAGGUUCGAGGAUUUGGGCAAGAGGGCGGACCUCGUUCUGGACUGGAUGGUUGGAUGGAACGCGACCUGCGAGCAGGCCAAGUUGAACUGGUCGAGCUAUGCGUGUGGCAACAACACUGACUGCGAAAACUUUGGGAAUGGACCGGGUUAUCGUUGCUUUUGCAAGGCCGGGUACGGGGGGAAUCCCUAUAGUCGCCCCCACGGCUGUCAAGAUAUCAACGAGUGCGAGGACCGAGAGAAAUACCCAUGUCAUGGAAAGUGCCAGAAUCAGCCCGGAAGCUACUCAUGCCGCCAAAAUGCUCCCCCCGCCUUAAUUGCUACGGCGAUUCUUGUGCCCGUCUUGUGCAUAACUGUCGGUGCUCCAGUCUCCAUCACGUGGAAGGGGAGAAUCAGGAAGAUAAACUUCAGACGACAUGGAGGAAAGCAUUUGAAACAGCAAAGAGUUAGAAUCUUUACGGAGGCGGAGCUGGCAAAAGCAACCGGCAACUAUGAUGAAAGCAAUAAGCUCGGCGAGGGCAGUUUCGGUUCCGUCUAUAGAGGGCGAAUAGCCGGGGAAGCCAACUCCGAGGUCGCAGUCAAGAAGCCUAAAAAUGUGCACAAGUCUCUAAUAAAGAAGGAAUUCCAGCAUGAACUUAAAGCUGUGAUGCGGAUAAACCGCAAAAAUGUGGUGAAGCUCAGCGGCAUAUGUUUGGAGACUAGAAUACCAUUGCUGGCUUAUGAAUACGUUCCGAAUGGCACCCUCUUCCAACACCUCCAUCAGAAUGCGUCGACCAUAUUAAAAUCGUGGAAGAACCGGCUCAGAAUAGCCGCCGAAGCUGCUCUUGCGCUCGCGUAUAUGCAUUCAUGCGCAGAACCCGCGAUCGUUCACGGCAAUAUCAAGUCGGCCAACAUACUUCUGGAUCAAAAUUACUCGGUGAAAAUAUCUGAUUUCGGAGCUUCGGUACUUAUCUCACCGGAACAUAGUCAUAUCGUGGCCACCAAAAUAGAAGGCACGCUAGGCUACAUCGAUCCAGAAUACUUAACCACUGGUAAGCUAACAAUCAAGAGUGAUGUGUACAGCUUUGGAGUUGUCCUCGUGGAGUUGCUCACGGGAAAGAAGCCUACAAGUUACAUUACCAAGUCCGGAGAGCCGAUCAGUAUCAUCCAUUGUUUCAUCUCUUCCGUGAAGGAUAAGACACUUUCCGACGUCAUAAACUUUGAGGCCGCUAAUGAAGACGAAAUCAAGAUAGUAGGAAUGGUUGCUGAGAUUGCAGUGAAGUGUUUGCACCAAAGCGGUGCGAAGAGGCCGGCGAUGCGGGAAGUGGCGCAGCAACUUGCCAGAAUUAACCCGAACUCGACAGAUGAAGAAAAAAAUGAAGAGAUUGAAUGGGAAGUGGAUGAAGAAAUCAGCCACUCCGUUGAGACUUUAAUUACUGACGAGGGGACGUCAAGCUGUCUUUCCUAUCUGGGAAUGAAUUCAGCAUGUUCCUGCAUCUGAUCCUUUACUAUCAUAGUAACAUGUCUAAGGACUGUUAGGGUUGAUAGUGUAUUCUGAGUGCAUUUUAUGUUUGCCAAUUUGAUUUGGACUUAUAUUUGUGCAAGCAUCUUUGUAAUUUUAAGUGUGAGAUAUGUAAUAUAACAUAUG